UGGGGCGGGAAGUCGGGCGCGCGCCCCGGAGGCUGAGCGGCCGUCAUGGCCAGGUACCUGGCCCAGAUCAUCGUGAUGGGGGCACAGGUGGUGGGCAGGGCCUUCGCGCGCGCCCUGCGGGAAGAGUUCGCAGCCUAAGGUGCCCCGACUUGCUCUGCACCCAGGAAGAGGGGCAGCUGAGAUGAGAGGGCACCAGGUUUGGUGGCUGGGCCCCACCCAUGUCCCCUGGGGGCAGACCUGUCCUCAUCUCACUACCCAGUCUUCUGCUCCCCCUGAAGAAGCUACUCCUGAAGGAGAGGUCUCCCUGCAUCGCCCUGCAGGCCAGCCGGGCAGCAGCUGACGCCCGGGGUCGUGCCGGACACCAGUCUGCAGCCGCCUCCAACCUCACUGGCCUCAGCCUCCAGGAAGCCCAGCAGAUUCUCAAUGUCUCCAAGCUGAACCCUGAGGAAAUCCAAAAGAAUUAUCAACACCUGUUCAAGGUGAACGACAAGUCAGUAGGCGGCUCCUUCUACCUGCAGUCAAAGGUGGUCCGGGCAAAGGAGCGCCUGGAUGAGGAGCUGAGGAUCCGGGCCCAAGAGGACAGAGGGAAAGAACCCCAAACGUGACGUGGGCUCCUCCUAUCACCCCACCCCCACCCACCCCUAAUUUAUAGCUCGCGAAUAAAUGCCGUUUCCCCACCUG